ACAUUGCAAAACGCCCUUCUAUUAGGCCCAUAAUUCAAUCUGACGACAUUUGUUUUAUUUCAUUUUCAGAUGUUUUUAAGGCAUGAUAUAUGGGUUCGUUUUAUCAUAAAAACAAUUAAGUAAAGAGCUAAUAAUCGUGAAACCCCCGUAACGAUCCGAAUACUUGAUACACAACUUCCAUCGACGACCACGUCGUGACGCGCCGUGGUUGCCAUGGAUACAGUCAGAUACAAAAAGGACGUCAGACGGUUUCGUCUAAAGUAAAGUAGGUUUUACAUGUGUUUUCUAUGCGUUUAUGUUCCGUUUUAAUUCCCGCAACUUUAGACGUGUUGUUUGCCACUGUACGCCUUAGCGCCGAUCGUCCACAGCAAGUAUGGAGACCCUGCUGGAGCUCGAGGAAAAGGAGGAUGAGGGGGGAGGUAUAGAACAGAAAGAACUCAGCCCCCAAGAGCUGCUGGACGGGGAGAAGGCCGUCAACAUCAAUAUAACGAGUCCUGGAGACACCCCAUUUGGCCGGACCAAGCCGGUGAACUUGUCCGAAUGUCCCAGCGCCUACCAUCACAACUCACCUCAAGAAAAACAGCUGUUGGUUAUCGCUGACAACUUCAGCUCCCAAUAUUCACACAUCUUCCCCAGCCGCAAGCCCCUCUUCCUCUGCCCUUUGAAUGAAUGUGGUGUGAAGUCUCCUGUGUGCCUCAUCCAGAAGUUUGUGUCCACUACCCUGCGGAGCACCAUGCUUCCCUACUCCGGCCUCUACGACUGGGACAACUGUGCCUCCUUUGUAGCCGACCACCUGGUACUGCAAGCCCUGGAUCCUCCCAUAGAACCGCCCCGCCGUCUGAUCUCCCCCACCCUGCUACUGGAGACCCAGACGGGCACCUGCUUCGACGUCUCCACCCUGCUCUGCAGCCUGCUUCUCGGUGCGGGCUACGACGCCUACUGCGUCACGGGCUACGCUGUCAGGGAGAUGUGUCUUCUGGACCAGAGCAGGCAGGAGUGCCCCCUGCUGGUGGGCGAGGUGGAGGUCCAGGUGGAGGGUACCUCAGCAGAGGACGAGCGCCAGGUCAGGAAGUACGCGGUGAAGCCUCCCAGGGAGCUGAGGAGCAACUUUGAGAGGGCGCAGCAGGAGCUGAAGGAGCAGGAGGCCAGGGCCGAGCUGCUGAGGAGACAGCAGGAGGCUCAGAGACUCCAAGAGGAACUGGAGAGGUCUCCGCCGGACCCCCUGCAGGGCCAGAUGCUCCACUGCUGGGUGUUGGUGCUGGCCGGGAAAAGAGAGAUCCGGGACCACUUCUUCAUAGACCCCCUGACCGGCAAAGGCUACGCCCUCGGCGACGAGAGCUUCCUGGGCGUGGAGGCCCUGUGGAACCAGCACAACUACUGGGUCAACAUGCAGGACUGCGGCCGCGGCUGCUCUGAUAUGGAGUAUAACCUUGGGGAUACUACCAUGUGGGAGUCGGUUCUGUUCAGAAUAACUGAAAAGGAGGAAGAGGAAGAGCUGGAGGAGGAGGAGGUGUGGUCCGAGGAGCCCAAGCCCUUUGAGAUGCCGAGGUCCUGGGUGGACACCAUCGCUCUCUCCAAACAAGACCUGGAGAGACGCUGGCCCGGGGGCUCCAGAAGCACCCAGUACCGUAAGGCUAAGCUGGAGCAGUUCACCCCCUACCUGCUUCCAGACGGCCUGGUGACGCGCCUCACCACCUACACAGACCUGGAGUGUGAGGAGGUGGACGUGGUGAGGGAGUGGUACCAGAACAGACUGGACCACCUGGAGGAGAGGGAGCUGCAGAGAGCCACCAACGUCACCAUAGAACGCUUUAGUCCCGGCUGCAAGCUCAAACUCAAAACCCACAGCUACGUGUCCCUGGCCCCCGGGACGGAGCGUCGGAUGGACUUCCACAGCGGGGCGUGCCCCGACGGGCUGCUGCGGAGGGUGGAGACCCCGGGGCAGAUGGAGGAGACCUUUGACCACCGGGACGACCUGCUCUACUCCCGACACGUCUUCUACGCUCGGAGCCCGGAGGGGGGCAGCCAGGAGCCGGGCGGUCGGCCACUGGAGAGAGUGGUGGAGCGCUUCCACCGGGACGCGGCCAAGGCGGCCAGGGAGGACGUGGCGGAGCGGGUGUUCCUAUUCGCCGAGGGGAGCAUCGAGGUGACCUUCCACCUGGAGGACGACCGCAUCAUCCCCGUCCGGAGGAGCUUCGUCAAACCCAGGGUGUUACCGGACGGCCAGCGGGCGGAGAGCUGGAGGCCCGGCAUGGUCACCGGCUACCAGGGGGACCCGCACGAAGACCCUCCCAAGAAUGUGUAUCUGUAUGAGAUGCUGACAGCCCUGAUGGAUGAGGAGGAGAAAGUCGCUCUGCAGAUCAAACACUCUGAGACUGAGGUGAGAGAGAUCCUAGCCACCAGAGAAAGAGAGGAGAGUAACCCUGAGCUUCGAAUCUCCAUCUACGACACAGCUCGCAAUGAGAAGGUCCAACGCUACAGAGAAGACAUGAUACGCGCCCAGGAGGAGAGCCAGAAGCAGGUUAAGAAGGAGAUCGACCUCCUGGCCCCAUUCCUGGCCCGGCUGGGCGACCCUGAGGUCCUGAGCUCCCAGCAGGCCCAGAAGGUGCUGGAGGACUGCCUGGCCAACCAGAGAAUGAGGAUGAUCGAGCAGGACCAGAUCCUCCAGGCCCGGUACGAUAAGGAGACCCAGGCGCUUCAGCACGAACAGAAGCGGUACCAGAUCAACCAGCUGAACAUGAGUAAGGAGGAGGAGGAGCGGUACCACGCCUACUGCUCCGAGACCGUCUUCAAGAUAGGGGUCAUCAAACAGCGCCAGUCGAGACACAAGGAAAUCACUCCCCAGAAGCACCUGGCCCUUAAAGAGAAGCUCAUUCGGGACCCUCGAUUGGCCCCUCACCUGUGAGCCGAUGGGAGACUGAAGGGCCGGGGGCCCGACGCGGAGAUGGAUACGCUGGAAGCCCGAGACACAGAACCUCCAACGUUAUGGAGAAAAUGUAAAUCACAUGAAGAACCCUCGAUUCAGACCCCCUGUCUGUCUAAUAAAGAAAUAAAAUAACUCUA